AUGCUGAAUCCAACAUUAUCCUCCAAAUUUGUGAUUGAACCGACAAAACCAUUAGAAAUGAAAGGGUAUGAAGACUACACUGACUAACUUUUACACUAUAGCCCCCAACUUGCGGACUACCUUUAUGGUAUAAAUACAUACUUAUACCAGAACUGUUUGAACGCUUGUUACGUGAAAAGAUCUACUCUUGUGGCACUGUCCGAAUAAAUCGCCGUGGAAUGCCAGAAGCCAUCAAAAGUGCCAAAUUAAAGAACAGAGGAGAAUCCCUUACAAUGCAGAAAGGCAACCUAGUAGCAACAGCAUGGAAAGACAAGAAGAUUGUGACUUACCUAAGCACAAACUGCGAUCCUACACAGACCAGAGUAGUGCAAAGACGUCAAAAGGAUGGGACCCUAAAGGAUGUGUCAGCUCCAAGUGUCUCUGAGCUAUACAACAAAUAUAUGUUUGGUGUAGACUUGGCUGACCAAAAGAGGAUGCAGUAUUCCACUUGCAGAAAAGCCAAAAAAUGGUACAAGUACUUGUUUUGGUUUUGUUUUGAUAUUGCACUUGUCAAUUCCUUGAUUUGCAUGCAAGAAUCGCCAAAUCAUAAGUUGCUGACCAAAACAAACAAGGAAAAAAAGAGAACGCAGUUGGACUUCAGAAUGGCAUUGGCGCAGCAGAUGAUCGGAACAUUCAGAGGAAGUAGAAAGCGUAGGGCACCUGGAGUAACGGGAAAUUGUGGGGAUGCACAUUGGCCCAUUCAAUUUGAAAAAGCUGGACGAUGUAAGGGAUGUGCAAAGCAGAACAAGAGACACGAAGUCUCUACUGGAUGCAGACAAUUGGCGUUUUCGACUGGUACGUUUCCGAUGAAUAAAAAUAAGCUCCGCCCACUUGCGCAGAAGAAGAAAUUUACUAAACGGAGAUGUUCCAGUCGAACAGAAAUUUGA